AUGAAAGACGACAUCAGGAAUGCGCUGGAGGCAGAGAGGGAAAAGGAGCAAGGGAAUGUCUUCUUUUCUCAGGGGGACUAUGAGCUGUCCAUAUUCCACUACACCAGAAGCAUAAAGUACAUGCCAAAGUGCUCCAUCCUUUACACGAACCGGUCCUUGGCUUAUUUCAAAAUCGGGUCCUUCCAGGAGAGCCUUGAAGAUGCCCUCAAGGCCAAGGAGCUGGACAAAGACAACCUGAAAAGCUAUUAUCGAAUUUGCGAAGCGUACAGUGCGUUGAAGGACGAGGAAAAUUAUAAAAAGUAUGAGCGACUGUAUAGGGAGAAGAAGAAUAGCCAGGGGGGGCACACGAAGAAGGGCGGAGAGACGACUGAUUCUAUAGAAAAACGAAUAGAUAAUGACUCCCCCUCGAGUGGGAGUCCACUCCCGAAGGAAACCGCCCCAGGAAUGACAAAACAGAGGGACAUCAAAAAAAGCGACGAGCUAAUGCACCUUGGCGAAACGGACCACACGAACAGAUUUGUCUUUAUGGAUCAACCCGAGAUAAAAGACCAAGUAUCUAAUUUUUCUUUUGAAAAAAAAAAGUAUAGAAAUAAUUUCCUCAUAGAAGAAGUGUACGACUUUGACGUGAGCAGUACAGGGAAGGACCUCACCAAUGGAGAAAGAGCGUCUAAAAGGAAAACAGGCAACACUUCGAAGGAUGCUGCUCGUUCCGAUGGGGAUGCCAAGAAGAAGCCCCUAGUGAACCAAGCCGACAUGCUUAACGAUAUAGAACUUUUUGUAAAUCUCUUUGCAGACAUAUUCAAGCACCCCACCCCUAUCAUUUCUGUUCCCAUUGAAAGGGAAACAAAAAAAGGAAAAAUGUGCCAUUACCAUAAUAUGGACUUGAAAACAUUAAAAGGGAAAGCAGACGAGCUUUUCUCGGAGAAGAAAUUCGACGUCGCCAUGGAACUGUACAACGAGAUUAUUAGUGACCAUGACAGCGAACGCGGAAUAUACUACUGCACAGUGCUCAGCAACAGAAGCGCCUGCAACGUCGAAAUGAAGAAGAUUCGGAGCGCCCUCUGCGAUGUGAGCAAAGCGCUAAGUAUACUUUUUUCAUUUUUUCAAACACAUAGAGAAGAUAUGAAGCGCACCAACGAUCUAGAGGCCCCCCCGCCCGGUGCACACGAUCAAGCGGCAGCAUUCCUUCCAACAGACAUGGAGGUUUAUAAGGACCCCAAGGGGAUCUACUCCCAGGCACAUAAACUUGUACUAAGGUUACUAUUCAGAUAUGUGAAAUUUUCACACCUGUAUAGAAAAAAUGGAUUCAAGGUUCCGUCCCUCCACCAGGUGGACUCCCUGCGACGCAUGAAGGGAAUAAACUACAUAAACUCUGGAGAGCUCGAGCGGAUGAGAAACGUAAUCUACGCGCAGCUAUAA